AUGUUCCCAGGAGGAGCCAAAGAAAAACAAAGUAAAACGGACAUCAAAAAACGAAAGCGGAUAGAAUUAUCGCCCACAAACGAGCUGCCCAAACCAAAACGCCGGCAACCGAAAAAUCGGGAACUCACAGAGAUCGAGAAGGAUCUCAUCAUCAUCAAGAAUGCCACCAACGGCAUAUCCAGUGAUUCCGAAAGCAGCGGAAGACAUACCAGCAUUGAUAGUGUUAAACGAAAGAGAAGUGAAAACGGUUCCCCAAGCACUAAAAGGGUUAAAAUUGAUAAAAAGAAAAUUGACAAACUUGACCAAACGCUGGUCACCCCGCAGAGUAAAAGGACAGAUGUAAAUAACAAAAGUUUUGACGUUGAUUGA